GAUUCUAUGCCCUCACAGAAUAAGGACGAUAGCUGGCGAUAUAAAGCAAGAGAGGCGCUAUAACAAUACAUUUGGAAAACACUUUAAAAGUCUUCAAGCUUUUUGGCAGAACUCUUUUCGGCCAUGACUCUGUACUUGGUAGUGCUGGUGCUCUGCACUGGAGCCGCUUUAGCCGCGCCUAGGUUCGACGCACAGUUUGAUGAACACUGGGACUUAUGGAAGAGCUGGCACAGCAAAAACUACCAACACGAGAAGGAAGAAGGCUGGAGGAGGAUGGUGUGGGAGAAGAACUUGAAGAAGAUUGAGAUGCACAACUUGGAGCACUCCCUUGGGAAGCACUCCUACAGUCUCGGCAUGAAUCAUUUUGGAGACAUGACCAAUGAGGAGUUCAGGCAGGUGAUGAAUGGCUACAAACUGCAGCAGAGGAAGUCCAAGGGCUCUCUGUUCCUGGAACCCAACAACAUGGAAGCCCCCAAGCAGGUGGACUGGAGAGAGGAGGGUUAUGUGACUCCUGUCAAAGACCAGGGCCAGUGUGGGUCUUGCUGGGCUUUCAGCACCACCGGCGCCAUGGAGGGUCAGAUGUUCAGGAAGAACAAGAAGCUGGUGUCUCUGAGCGAGCAGAACCUGGUAGACUGCUCGAAGCCUGAGGGAAACGAGGGCUGCAACGGUGGGCUGAUGGACCAGGCCUUCCAGUAUAUCCAGGACAACCAAGGUCUGGACUCAGAGGAAGCCUACCCAUAUUUGGGCACGGAUGACCAACCCUGCAACUACAAGGCUGAGUUCAGCGCUGCCAACGACACAGGCUUCAUGGACAUCCCCAGUGGGAAAGAACGCGCUCUGAUGAAGGCCAUCGCCUCCGUGGGUCCCGUCUCUGUUGCCAUCGACGCCGGCCACGAGUCCUUCCAGUUCUACCAGUCUGGCAUCUACUAUGAGAAGGAGUGCAGCAGCGAAGAGCUGGAUCAUGGAGUACUUGCCGUUGGAUAUGGGUUCGAGGGAGAGGACGUGGACGGGAAGAAGUAUUGGAUUGUGAAGAACAGCUGGAGUGAGAAGUGGGGAGACAAAGGUUACAUCUUGAUGGCAAAGGACAGGAAGAACCACUGUGGAAUCGCUACAGCUGCUAGCUACCCUCUCGUGUAGAGUGGAGUCCGUUGUCAACAUGCUUUGGGUGUGUUGUUAGUUAGGCAUAUUUUAAAGAAAGGGCCCUGAAUACAGAGCUGCCUUAAUGUUGCUAAAGGGUAUGAGAGACAUAAACAGUCAGAAAUGAAACACACUUUUAAGAUGUUUAUCCAAUUCAACUGUUUGUUUUAUACUUGAUUUUACGUGUGUAUGAGAUUGUAAAUAAACUCUUUUUUGUUUUUUCGCGUUAAUUCAUCGAAACCCGUUGGACCUCUGUGGUGCACAUUCCCAGUCUUGUCUGCUUGACAUGUUCUGUAAAACCAUAUUAACUGGCACAUGAGCGAAAUAAAUGUUUUACAAUACA